AUGUCUGGAAAAAAGGUUCUACUUACAGGCGGCAGUGGGUUUGUUGGAUCUCAUUGUCUUGACCUUCUCCUCCAGGAAGGCUAUGAGGUCGUUACAACUGUGCGAUCGGAGAAGAAAGGGCAGGAUAUUCUCGCUGCCUUUCCUGCAGCCAAGUCGCAACUCUCAUAUGCUAUUGUCGAGGACAUUGCCCGUGAGAAUGCUUUCGACGAGGCUGUAAAGACCGCCGAAUUUGAUUCAGUGCUGCACGUAGCCAGCCCAUUUCACUACAAGCCAGUGGAUAUCCAGAAGGAUCUUAUUGACCCUGCAGUGAACGGCACUUUGAAUAUCCUCAAGGCAGUCAGUGAUUACGCCCCAACAGUCCAGCGCGUUGUCAUCACAUCAUCGUUCUCAGCAGUGGUCAACAUUAAACACCCCGAGAAGAUGUAUCGAGAGCAUCACUUCAACCCGAUAACUCUGGAAGAAGCAUAUGAGGAUGGCGUACAAGCCUACAGAGCUAGCAAGGCAUUUGCCGAGCGAGCCGCCUGGGACUUUGUGCAAGCCAAGAAGCCUGGAUUUUCUCUCACCACUAUGAACCCACCUCUGAUUCUCGGACCACCAACACCGUGGCUCGCGUCCAUGGACUCGAUCAAUACUUCAAAUGAACGUUUGAGAGAUCUAUGCCAGGGAAAAUGGAAAAAUAAAUUGCCUCCAACAGCCUCGUGGUACUGGGUUGACGUUAGAGAUGUUGCUCUCGCUCACGUUCGAGCUUUGGAAAAUUUGGAUGCUGGAGGAAGGAGGUUUUUCUUGAUGCAAGGUAGAAUGAGUAAUGCUCAGAUUGCACAGGUGGCGGCAGAUCAUUAUCCUCAUCUCAAGGAUAAAAUUCCAAAGACUCUGGUGGAUGAUACACCUGCCGAUCUUUGGGAAGUUGACACAGCACCAUCGAAGGACGUUCUAGGUCUCGAGUAUCUGGAUCUGGAAACCUGCAUAGUGGAUUCGCUGAAGCUUCUGAUGAAUUAA